CGCCCUUUAAAUGCGGGGCCCGGUGCCGCGCUGUGGGGGGAGGUGCUGCCGCCAGCAUGGCCGGGCUGCCCCGCCUGGCCUCGCUGGCCCUCCUGCUGCUCGGCGGCUGCCUCGGCCCCUGCCCGCCCGCCCGCGCCGGCCUCCACUUCAGGGAGGGGCAGCGCUGCUACCGGCCGGCGCGCAAGGCCGCCGCGCUGAGGACCUACCCCCGCCCGCACGAGUACCUGGACGUGGCUGCGCUGCCCCGGAGCUGGGACUGGAGGAACGUGAACGGCGUCAACUACGCCAGCGCCACGCGGAACCAGCACAUCCCGCAGUACUGCGGCUCCUGCUGGGCCCACGGCAGCACCAGCGCCCUGGCAGAUAGAAUCAACAUAAAGAGAAAAGGUGCAUGGCCUUCUGCCUACCUCUCUGUUCAGAAUGUGAUUGAUUGUGCUGACGCAGGAUCCUGUGAAGGUGGAGACCACUCAGGUGUUUGGAAGUACGCCCAUGACCAUGGCAUUCCAGAUGAGACCUGCAACAACUACCAAGCUAAGGAUCAAAAGUGUAAAAAGUUUAACCAGUGUGGAACUUGUGUCACUUUUGGAGAAUGCCACGUGAUAAAAAACUACACUCUCUGGAAAGUUGCAGACUAUGGGUCAGUCAGUGGAAGAGAAAAAAUGAUGGCAGAAAUCUAUGCUAAUGGACCAAUUAGCUGUGGCAUAAUGGCUACUGAAAAGUUGGAUGCUUACACUGGAGGACUUUAUACAGAGUACAACCCCUCACCUGAAGUGAAUCACAUUGUAUCUGUGGCUGGCUGGGGUGUAGAAAAUGGAACGGAAUACUGGAUUGUUCGUAACUCAUGGGGUGAACCCUGGGGUGAAAGAGGCUGGCUGAGAAUUGUGACGAGUGCAUAUAAAGGUGGAAGAGGAGCAGAGUACAAUCUUGCUAUUGAAGAGGACUGUGCAUAUGGAGAUGCAGUACUUCCUUGAUGCUGUAUGGUACAUCUUUCAGUUUAGGAACUACUUUGUUUGGAAGCCUCCCAGCACAACCUUUUUCUGUUUAAAGAAUAGUAGUCUAAAUUACAGUUCAAGACUGUCAGGCAGUUUUGCAAAAUUAGCCUGGACAGCAACACACAAGGUCUUCAAAGUAUAAAUACAGAGCUGCCUUUAGAUAAUUAUUUACAAUUUAAAGUAAUUUACCCAUGAAAAAGCUGUCUGCCUUGAUGCACUGUAUUUAAACUGUAUUGACUUAAUCACAGAAACUGUAUAUGCAAACCUAUUUUUUAAAAAUAAAUUAUGCAGACAUACUGGGAAGGAAAAAGUAUACUCAAUAUUUGGGUCUUGAGCCUGUAUUAAAUUCUCUGACAGUAUUGAGGAAAUAGUCUGGACAUGAUAUAUUAAAAAACUAAAUCCUCUUGUUUCCUUGGCCUCCUGGUUAAACGUUGUCGGAAGCCUCAUAAUGCAGUUCCUUUUAUCCAACCACAAUGAUGUAUCAGGAAUUACUUUGAUCAAAAGACCGAGUACUUCUAGGUUAUUUAAUUAGUCUUGUAUUUGUUCAAAUUCCUUUCUUUAAUAUGUAAUUGGCUGUGCUAUUUUUCUUCUUGAGGCAAAGUAUAAAUUGCCACAACUUAGGUCUCCACUAAUUUGAAGAAAGGUAGAAAAUUCUCUUCCUUAGUAACUGGCUCAGUUUUAAGUGGCAAAUGUUACUAAAUGGCACUGUUAAUUGCACUUAAUAAACAGACUUUUUAUCUUA